AUGGCAGAAUCAACCCUAGGCCGCAGAAAGUGCACCCACCAAGAUUGGUUCAAUGAGAAUAGCACCACCAUCAAUGACCUACUCACCAAGAAGAACAAGGCAUUCAAAGAAUGGCAGGAUGACCCGAGCUCCACCUGCAAAACGGACAGAUACAAGUCCUAUCAGGCACUUGCUCAAAGGGAAAUCCAUAUAAUACGCGACACAUCGUGGAAUAAGAAGGCGGAUGAGGUUCAGCACUAUGCUGCCACAAACGACACCAAGCAGUUCUUCAACGCCAUCAAGUUAACUGAAGAUGAUUUUAUCAAACUGUUCAAGAAGGUUCAGAAUUGCGGAUGGGUGAAAAAUUCUACGGAGCACAGAAUGAUCCGAUCACAGCUACAGAAAUGCUGCAAUGCAUCAAAAAAUUUCAUUAUUACACAACUCAACACUCCACUGGGUACAAAGAUUGGUUAUGCAAUAGGAUCCAAAAACAAAUUUACAAUUACCAAAGACGUCUUUGACCUGAUUCCGAAGACAGAUCCGUUUAAAGAUCACAAACUUAAAUAUUGCUCAGUUGUUGGAAAUGCUGGAGUUCUAAUUAACAGCAGCUGUGGAGCUGAAAUCAAUCAGGCCGACUUUGUAUUCAGAUCCAAUAUUCCACCAAUCAAGAAUUAUAAAGAUGAUGUGGGAACCAAAACAGACAUGGUGACAUUAAACCCAAGUAUUCUUAGAAACAGAUUUCAACAUCUGGAUUCAAGGCGAAAGCCAUUUAUGGACCACAUAUCCAUCUAUGAAAACGCAUUGAUUCUGCUGCCUGCAUUUUCUUAUCCAUCUGAUUCUUCGAUCUCAUUUAAAGUGUCCUUCACACUGCAAGACUUUGGAGCAAAACAACAGGCAAUAUUUUUAAGUCCAACAUACCUGAAAUCGCUUACUCAGUUCUGGAAAGAUCAAGGUAUAAGCGAAAUGUGCCUUUCUACUGGUCUCAUAGUAUUAAGUGCAGCAUUGGAAAUGUGUGAAGAAGUCUGGGUGUAUGGGUUCUGGCCCUUCUCCAAAGAUGUAGAUGGAAACCAGUUGUUCCAUCAUUACUAUGAUAAUAUGAUGCCAAAGAAAGUUCACUCAUUUUCUAAUGAAUUUUACAAACUACUACUGCUUCACAUGAAAGGGGUUGUGAAAGUGCAAGCUGGUCAAUGUGGGAAAUCUUCUGUGUAAGUCACUUUUUGGGAUUUAAUUUUUGAAAGGGGUUAUAACUGACAUGUAUAUUGGUAAAUCUUCCCUAAUGGUGAGUGAUGUAGACAGAAAAAAUAAACACAACUCAAUUAUUCAAUGCUUGGUAAUCAAUCAUCAUUUCUUUGCAGUAAUCCAAAAUGUUAUGAUACCCUUAAAAUCCAAAAAUCUUUGAUCUCUUGUUUGAUGACACCUAGUGACCAAACCUGAGUAGUGGCCACAAUGAGCACACUAUGCUUCCUUGGAUGACCGACUUCCUGUCCACUCGAAUGUUAGUGCUGGUUCUUACCCACCCAUUCCUGGCAUCAA